AUGCCCUCCAACGAAGCCCUUACCCCUCUCCUGCGCCAGUUCCGCGUCUUGAUCGCCGGUGGCUCGUACGGCGGACUGAGCGCAGCCCUGUCCCUGCUUGAUCUUUCCAAGGGCCGCCUUGCUCGCUUCAACUACACAGAGGGUGCCAAGGCCCCCCAAUAUCAAAUCCCGAUUCAGAUCACCGUUGUAGAUGAACGCGAUGGAUUCUAUCACUUGAUCGGCUCCCCCAAAGCAUUGGCAUGCGACAAGUUUGCGUCGAAGACAUGGACUCGGUUCUGCGACAUUCCCGCGUUGAAGAGCCCGAAUCUCCAAAUCGUCCGUGGCAGCGUCAACACCGUGGAUUUUCAGAACAAGGUCGCCCAGAUCGUUGACCUCGAGACCCAGGAGACGAGGCAGGAGAAAUAUGAUUUCUUCAUUGCGGGCACGGGUCUCCGUCGGGUAUUUCCGACGGUGCCGCAGUCGUUGAAGAGAGAAGAGUUCCUGAAGGAGGCGCUGAGUCAUAAAGAGGCCAUCCGGGGUGCAGAUGAUGGCGUUGUUGUCAUCGGUGGAGGUGCCGUGGGUGUUGAAAUGGCAGCUGAGUUGAAGGAGCUGGAUCCCCAGCAGAAGGUUACUCUGGUUCAUUCUCGGGAUCGUCUGCUUUCCGCGGAGCCCUUGCCGGAUGAGUUUGCGGAGCGCGUCGUCUCUGAGCUCAGGGACCAGGGUGUUGAGGUUAUUCUGGGCCAACGGGUUAUUGAUACCACAGCGGUAGAGGGAGAGCAAGGGAAGCGCACAUGGGAUCUGACCUUGGCGAAUGGAACGAAACUCAGAGCCGGUCACAUUAUGAAUGCCGUUUCGAAAAGCUCGCCUACAUCAUCAUAUCUGCCCAAGGAUGCCUUGACCGAGGAGGGCUAUGUUAAGAUUCGUCCGAAUCUUCAAUUCGCCAACCCGGUCCCCAACGCAGAGUACCACUUCGCGGUUGGUGAUAUUGCUCAGUGGGCUGGUAUCAAGCGUUGUGGAGGCGCCAUACACCACGGCCACUAUGCAGGAACCAACAUCCAUCAGCUUAUGCUAGCAGAAGCGACCAAGGGCAAGCCUGAGUUCAUGAACCUCAUCCACUACCCGCCUGUGAUGGGGCUGGCCUUGGGACAUACGGCAGUGUCGUAUACCCCUGACGAGGGCACUAAGCAUGGCAAGGAGCUCCUGGGGGCUUUGUUUGGUGAGGAUAUGGGCUACAGUAUUUGCUGGAACUACAUGAAGAUGUCCGAGCCAUGCCAAGCGUGAUUGGAGAUUGAGCAGUACUUCUUUCUAUAUCCAUUUUAGGUUCGCCUAUCC